UCUUCUUCCAAACAUCCACUGAUCACCUGGGCUUGAGAAAAAGGGAUAGCUUAUUUCCUGUGGUCUCAGUUUCACCUCGUGGACGAAGAUUCAACAGCACUCUCACAUAUUGACAUUUACUCCAUUGCUCUUUAAUAUUUCUAGUUGUGUUCUUGCGUGCUGCCCUGCUGUUAUAUUGGAAGCUGGACUCCAUACAUCAACUUCAUCCCGAAUCUGCUUCAGAUUAACACUUUGUUGUCACUUGCUCGCAAUUUCCACUUCUACAAAUACCCACUCACUCCAUACAAACAAGACUCAGCAAUAAUUUCUUGCUCAUAUGCCCUAACCCCCAUCCCUGUCUUACAAAUGGGCAAAUCAUUUCACAAAGUUACUGUAUGCAUCGCUGGAACUUUUGGUGCUCAGAAUGACAAGAUCAAACAAUGGGUGGAAGUGAAUGGUGGAACUUUUUCAAAGAAGGUGACUGCCGACGUGACCCAUUUGAUUGCGACCGAGCCUGCAGUUCGCAAGAACGUCCCGGAAGUGCGUGCUGCUAAGCGGAUCAAGGGUAUAAAAAUCGUAUCUUAUGAAUGGCUUGAGGACUCCCUUUUAUCGAAAUCAAAGCGCCCGAAGCGAGAAGCGCCGUAUCUAUUGACAGCCAAGAUGGAAGCUGGAAGGAAAAAGGCACGGGCGCAAAAGAAUAAGGGUAAAGACGGUAAUACUACGAGGCAACUUUCUGAAUUGGAUGGAUACCACCCUUAUACUGAUAAUACCGGGCAUCGCUAUUCUGCAAUACUUGUCCGUCCUGGGCCUCUUCCUAGGCGCAAGGAGAGACACGUCCUCAAGAUCUUCGAGUCCGAUUCGGUCCCUCACACAUACGCAACUCUUGUCAAGUACACGCGGAUUGGUAGAAGUGCUUCUGAUUUUCUGGCUCCGCCGGGCAGUAUCUUCGACGUGGCGGUUCGUGCUUUUAAUAAAUUUUUCAAAGCUAAGUCUGGAAUAAGCUGGGACCAAAGAGAUAGAAAGCCUCCUCUUAAGACAACGGAGGAGGGCACUAAAGUUCCAGUGGACGAGGGCUGGUUUGAAUAUAUGCCGGAAAAGUCGUCCUCUACUGCAGCCCCCAAAUAUGACGAGGAAACAGCGACUGCCGCCACAGUCGCGAUGUUACGGGAUGCUAUCAACGAAAUGGAGUCAAGUGAGGCCCGUGGACUUGUUACUGGUGAUCCAUGAAGGUGAAAUGAAUGAUACAGCGCAGUUUGGUUUAUUGCCCAAAUAUUAAACCUGGCUGGAGUUCAAGAAGACUGGGUUCAUUUCCAGUGUCGUUGGCCCAGGGAUCGCGAGAAUACAUAACAAGCUGGAGCAAUUUGGUUCUAGUGAAGUCUUUGAAUUCUCAUGAAUCAGAUCAGUGAAAAUAUGCUUGUAGCAACAUAUAAUAGAUAUU